GCAUUAUAUAUUUGUAGAGGAAGUUUUAACCGUAUUUUAAUUUGCAAUGAUUUUCUUUUGGUAAAUAUGUUUGUUCGCCUUUGGUUAAUUGUAGAAAACAACGAUAGUUUCUUUUUUUAUUUCGCUUUCUUGUAGGAAUAGCAGCUAUUAUUUUGUUGGCAAUACAUAAUACAGAAUAAUGUUGCAACAUCUUAGGUCAGUUUCCGUAUUCGUAUUAGCAGUACAUAUUGACAUUGUAUUUACAGGGACAACAAGAACACCAGCAAUAACUGCUACACAACAAAAUCUAUCCGUGAGGCAUGGAGAUCGAGUCAACCAUUCUACCAUAGGUUAUUUCUAUGUAAUUGGAUCUGUUGCUACCAUAGUUCUUAUUGCUGUUUUGAUGUAUGUUAUAAGAUGGAGGUACCUUUCACUUAAAAAUCCCCAAGAUAGCAUGAGUAUUGUUGGGAUUCCUACCUAUUGUAACAAGGGAACUGAUUUAGAAUGUGUAAACGUGGAGUCAGACAAUGCUGCUAACAACUACGAGAGUUUAAGCAACAACAGGGUCACAGAUAAUGUGUACAAUGAUCUGAACACAGCAAUGUCAUAGAUGUCAGAGGAAUGGAUUGCAAUUAUAAACUAUUGAAAGCAACGAAUUCCUAGACUGUAUUGUUUGUUUCUCAAGGCACGGUUUAUAAAAUUAAAAAACUAUGUCUAUGACGAUACUGAUAAUAAAACAUUAUCCUUUGAUUGUAAGACUGAAUAUGAAAAAAAUAUUUAAAGAUGUAAAUUAUAUUUGGUAACAAUACUUGUUGAACAUAAAUACUUGUAACUACGAUAUCUUUGGAUUUUAUACCUAUAUUUUUCACAUAUAUUGUUCGAUACGUUCACUUGGAAAUGUUCUGAACAAAGUGAAAAUGAAUUUUUGAAAAAUAAAUAUGUAAACUACAUGUAUUAUGCUCAUAAUGAAA